ACCAAGAUGGCGACGUUCAUAGCAUCUGGCGGGCGAGUCUGGAGAAAGUUUGUCAAAACUUUUCCUUUAGGCUCAAACUUAUCUCUAAAAAGAUCCCCUACUAGUGCACUAGCGAACGGUAGACUAUCUAGCACAAGCAGUGAGAACGUGCUAGUCAGUAAGGAUGAGAAGAGUGGCAUCGCGACGGUCCGGAUGAACAACCCUCCCGUCAACAGUUUGAACACCGCUCUGCUGCUGUCCCUCAGGAGUUGUUUUGAAGAGCUGGAGAAGGACAAGAGUUGCAGGGCACUCAUCCUGACUUCUAACAAACCGAAAGUCUUCUGUGCUGGGCUGGACAUCUUGGAACUUUAUCAGAAAUCUCCUGACUAUGUUGGUCAGUUCUGGGAGAAGGUUCAGGACAUGUGGCUAUCCUUGUAUGGUUCCCGCCUGGUUACCAUGGCAGCCAUCAAUGGCCACUCCCCUGCCGGAGGGUGCCUGCUCAGUCUGGCCUGUGACUACCGCAUCAUGGCAGAGGGAAACUUUGUGAUAGGGCUGAAUGAGACCCAGCUGGAUCUAGUUGCCCCGUUCUGGCUGCGGCAGAUGAUGGUUGAUGCCAUCGGCUACAGGCAGGCUGAGAUGGCCCUGAUGGUCGGUGCUCUGUAUCCAUCUAACAAGGCCUUACAACUGGGCCUGGUGGACAAGCUGGUGCCUAUAGAAGAUGUACAGACUGUUGCUGAAGAAGAGGUGAAGAACUGGCUGAAGAUUCCGGACCAGGCCAGAGCCAUCACCAAGAUGGCGUCCCGUAAGCCGCUCCUCGACGAGCUGCGCAAACGAAAGCAGGAGGACAUCCAGACAUUCAGGGAUGAGACCACCAGGGAAUCAGUCCAACUGUCAAUCCAACAGUACCUAGACAAGCUGAAGGCUAAAAAAUGAUGGUAGCUCAUUUGCAACUGAUUAGAUGAUAAGGAAAGCUGGAAUAUUUAACAGAAGGAGUUGAUGUGAUGUGAAAGUCUUAAGUUAAUGAAACCGUAGGCUUUCUGUUUUUGCAAAAUUUGCAAUGUAAGUCUGCAAAAUUGAUUUCAGAAAUGGUUGAAUUAAUGUAUAUACAGAAGCUGGAUUAUAUUAUUCUUGGAGUGGGAUCAAUGUUAAUUGUUAUUACGUGGCACUAAGUUGUCAACAAUUGGAAAAAGGAGCUUGAUCAUUGUCUUCCCAAAUAGGAUCAUUGUAAGAAGGAUAAGUUUAUUGCACUGUAAACUUACAUGCCUAUUAAAGUUCAUAAUAAAAAAAGUGUGUGAUUUAAGUUUACCAUGUGUUUACUUUCGUGUAAGAUUCUUCCUUUUAAAUGGAAUUUGUAAACAGAAUAUUUGUACUUAAGCAGAACACCUAAUUAACAAUCUGCACUGUCCCAUUAAACCGUAUUACUUC